UUGUCUCACGGGAGAAACUCCCAAAAAAAUAAAAGGAAAACAAGACGAAAAAAAGGGAAAAAUAGAGAAGAGAAGAAGCGAAUAGAAUCCGCCAUGGCUAGACCCGUAAGCGCCGCCUCCAGAGCAGCAGUCCGACCGUCGUCCGCCACCGCCUCGACGACCAUAACGCUAGACAAUCCGGACGGAUCGUCGUCGUCGUCGUCAUCGUCACAGACGCAACAGCCGAAAACCCUAACGCUGCGCCUUAAUCGGAAAAAGAAGCAGGUAACGUGGAAAGAAGGCACCGUGGACAACGAGUUCAUGCAGAAGAAGAGCUCGAAGAAAUGCUGCAUCUUCCAUAAGGAAAAGCCCUUUGACGAGGACGACAGCGACCAAGAAAACGACGACGAUGACGGCCACAACCACCACGACAGAGGCGGCGACAUGGGUUGUUGCUCCAAGGAUCACGAUCAAUCAACUAAAGAUCCUUAGAAGCUGCACUGCGUUGGGAUUUGGAAGUUUGUGGAAAUGUUACUUCAAAAAAGAGUGAACUUGAAGUGCAAUCUAGUUGACAAGAUGAACGAUGCCUUUGCGGCUAAGAUUGUAGCUACCAAGUGUGCCCUGGACUUUGAACGGGGAUUGAAGUGCAAUCUAUUUGUGAGGAUGAAUCAAAAUAUUAACCAAGUCUUUUGAUACACAUGACAAGUUUGAUUUCUUUUCUUUUAAAACAGUGAAUUUGUACCUUUUUAUAGGGAUACGAUAUUAUAUGGCUCAUCUGAAAACUUCUUUCUUUGAAUUCUGAUCUGCAAUAAUUUUGCAGUCAUCUAUGUGUA